AACAAAUGGUGACGUGACGUCAUUUUCCCGCGACGGAAGGCAAACACAUUCGGCAUUGAUCUUGGGGCAUGACUUUUCACUGGUAGCGAUUAUUCACUGGAGGAGUGUGCUGUCAGUUUUAAAUAACAAACACCCUAUGUCAUUAUGAUUUCGAGAUUUGCCCUCAGAUGUCACAGGAACAUCCUGGCUUACACUGCUCGGACCUUGUCGACUCAUACUGAAGGCGAAAUAAGAAUCACAAGUGUUUUAAAAGAAAAGUUUCCCCAAGCCACGUCUCUGAAGGUUGUGGACAUAUCUGGAGGGUGCGGAGCUAUGUAUGAGAUACAUAUAGAAUCUGAUGAGUUCAAAGGGAAGAGGACUGUACAGCAACAUCAGCUUGUUAACCAGGCACUGAAAGAUGAGAUCCAAGCUAUGCACGGUCUUCGAAUAUUCACGGGUGUCCCAGGAAAAUAGAAAGCCUUUCUUUUAGUUUGAAGUCCAACAUUUUUCACAGAAUGCCAGAAACAGACUUUGAAUGGUUUUACGAGAUACCAAUUGUAUUCAACACUUGAGAACGAUAGUCUCUUCAUAGCUAUAACAAUUCCAAAAUACCACUUAACUUUUGGUAAGUCAUGUCAUGUGUCUUGGCUCACAUUGAUUGACUUUUUCUGUAUUUAUUUUGUUUUGCUGAACAUAGUUAAGUAGGAGUUGAAAGUGACCUAACGCUAUCAUACGCACAGUUUUGAUGCCGUCCCUACCAAGAAUCCAUGUUGUGGAUGCACCAACAUACACAUUACAGUUUUCCACUGCCUCUGGUACAUCAGCAUCAUUGUAUAAAUCUGUUCAUAUUGACCUUCAUGGUGUGCUUUUGCAGUACUCUAUAGAUGUACUGUGUGGUUCAUUCAUCUACAACUACCACCAUUGUAUCCUGCUAAGAUGUAAAUGUUGAGAAUAAAGAGAUAUAUAUUGUUAA